AUGUCUACAUUUUCUUCUUCUUCACCUGGCCGAUUACAUUUUUUGGAUUAUAAUCCACCACCAGUGAGUCCAGAAUAUCGAGGAAAUCCAAAUGAUGGGCAUUAUAAUUUGGGAUUCGUUCCUGAAACUUCUCAACAUCAAGAUUUAACAAACAAUAUGACCAACUGGGGUCGUUAUCCCACCCAAGGGAGUAGACCCCCGUUUCAACAACUCUCGAAAAGGUCAAGGAGAAAAACGAUGAAGGAGAAUCUAGAAGAACUAGAAGCAUCAAAUGCAUCACCUGUACAAAUUGUAGAACAAAUGAGGGAAUUCAUUGAAAGAGAAGAUAAGAAAACUGGAUUCAGGUCUUGGUGGAAACAACAAAAGCAGCAAUGGGAUCGAUUCAAAGCUGAAAGCAAAAGUAAAGUAAAAUUCUGGGGUCUUUGGUCAGUCACCAUCAAUGUCAUUGAAGGUCGGUUUGGAAGUGGAAUUGCUUCAUACUUUAGAUUUCUGCGUUGGCUUUUCUACCUUGAUUUGGUACUAACAGUCAUUGUGCUUUCAGUGACAACCCUGCCAUAUGCCAUACUGGACAAUUACCUGAAUUUUGAUAACUAUAUACAGGUGGUCCAGAAGGAUUGGAAAAUCAAUAAUUCCUUUGUGGCUGAAGCUCAGAAUUGCUCACUCUGGUAUCAGAAAUAUUUGCAAAUGGAAAUGACAAAAAAAGGUCCUGCAGAUCAUGUUAAAGACGUUUUGCAAGGAACAGGGUUCAUGGAAUAUACAAUAUUAUUUUAUGGUAGCUACCAUAAUGUUACAUUGAAAAUUGGUGACAGUAAGAUCUACAAUUACAAUAUGUCAUUAGCUUAUCUUCUUGCUCUGGGACUUUUUUUUGUGAUAAGCUUUGUCCUUAUCAUCCGUACCAUUGCAGUUGGAAUCAAAGAGAAUCUUGUUAACCAACAAAGCACUGGAGUUCCAUACUCCCAGAAAGUCUUUGGUUCAUGGGAUUAUUGUAUAUCUGUAGAAAAAAUGGUUAAUCGGAAAAAAAACUGUUUGCUUCAAGAAUUGCGGGCUGAUCUGAAUUCCCAGAGGGAAAUCUGGAUGCAGACUGGACGAACUCUUAAACUGAAGAUCAAACUUUACUCACUCCGACUAUUGAUCAAUAUUGUUGUCAUUUGUUUACUAGGCGGCUGUUUUACUCUUAUUUAUUUUAGCAUGGGACCCCAAGAAUUUGAUCUGCCUCAAAAUGUUAUUGAUAUUGUAUACCAUCAAUCACUGUGUUGGAUAGGUGUCUUUUUUUGUCCCCUUAUUUCACUGAUCAUCUCAAUAAAUUUCUUUUUUCUUUUCUUCAUCAAAAAGUUUACUGUCUACCAUAACUGCGUGCAAUCAGUUCGACCAUUCCGUGCUUCCAAGUCAAAUUCUCUCUUCAUGCUUGCAGUUUUAAUCUCAUUUAUUCUGUGUGUCUUGCCUAUUGCAUUGGCCAUUGGUUUUUUUCAUCCUUCCAGAGGUUGUGGUCCAUUCCGGAUAUACAGUAACAAAGAAUUCUACAUCUUUAACACACUGUCAAAUUUAAUUCUCAGUUGGCCCUCUAUAAUCACUAAGAUAUUUUUUUGGAUUGUAACACCUCCAGUUUUGGUUCCACUUAUUGUUAUCAUCUGUUUCCUGAUCUAUUAUUAUGUUAUUGUGGCACGAGGUUAUCAACGGAUGGAGGACCUUCUCAGGGAACAACUUUCUCUGGAUGGAAAAGAUAAGCGUUUCCUGCUUGGUGAAAAAUUUUUCCUUUCCUUUAAUUUGAAUGGGAAAAAGAGGAGUUUCUUUCUUUUUUCUUCUUUUCUUUCUUUCUUUCUUUCUUUCUUUCUUUCUUUCUUUCUUUUUAAUAUUGUUUAA